GAGAAGCUGCACUGUUAGAUAUGUUGCUUUGCGUGUUCCUCUUUCUAGAAAGUGAGGAAUUUGUUGGAAUACCCCAGCAGACUUAACACAUGCAGGAAGAAUAACUGUUGGUGGGAAAGUUUUCUGAACACCUACUGCUGAUAUCCUGGUUCCCUGUUGAUCCAUUCUCAUCUUGUUUUGAAAUAUUUUGGUUAAGGGCCAGCCUAUUGCAUACUCUGUGGCAGGUAGAAAUCUUGUCUUGAUCUUAACUCACAAUGCCGGCAUUCAAAACUUUUAUAUUGCUUUGCCAGUUCUGCACAGCAGCCUGUAUUGUCUGAUAGUUCAGAUGAAUUUUCCCCCAGUUAUCAACAUGUACCUGGUGAAGAGCGAAGGCCCCAAACUGGUCCCCUUCUUUAAAGCCACUUGUGUCUAUUUUGUCCUGUGGCUGCCAACCUCCAGCCCCUCCUGGUUCAGUGCCCUCAUUAAAUGUCUGCCCAUCUUUUGCCUGUGGGUUUUCCUUCUGGCUCAUGGGAUUAACUUCUUAGUGUCACACCAGAGUGCCAGCCGCAUCCUAGCGGGACUCAUAUUCUCGGCAGUGGGAGACGCCUUUCUCAUCUGGCAGGAGCAGGGCUACUUCAUUCAUGGUCUGCUGAUGUUCGCCAUCACACACAUCCUGUACUCUUCAGCCUUUGGCAUGAAGCCCUUGGACCUGAAAGCCGGCUUGCUGAUGGGCGUUGUUUCCAGUUCCUGCUAUGCCUUCCUGUACUCCUACCUCUCGGGCCCCUUCACCUACCUGGUGGCCGUCUACAUCGCGCUGAUCGGCUUCAUGGGCUGGCGGGCCAUGGCGGGCGUGCAGCUGUGCAACGACCUGUGGACGUGGACCAAGCUGUCGGCCUGCGUGGGCGCCAUGCUCUUCAUGGUGUCCGACCUCACCAUCGCGCUCAACGAGUUCUGCUUCCCCGUGCCMUACUCGCGCUUCAUCAUCAUGGCCACGUACUACGCAGCCCAGAUGCUGAUCGCGCUGUCGGCUGUAGAGACCAGAGACGAGGAGGACUUCAGGAAGAGGAGCUAGGUGGAGUGCCAAUAGUCUGUGAACACGUGGGUUAUAUCUCAGGUGCUGUAGCUGCAUUCACCCCUGAGAGAGAUCUCCAUUUCUCUAGGCACACUGGUGAUGUUGAUUUUGCUUCUUUGAAGCAUUACCUUUGGGAAUUACUUUUUUUUUUUUCAAUGGCUUUCUCUGAAUACAGCUUACUUCAGUGUGGAGUCCACAUCAGAAAGCUUAGACUGUCCCUGCAGUAGUUACUCAUUCAACUUUUCCUCCUUGAAAGUGCUGUACUACUGCAUUUUACUUGUUAGUCUUGAAACUGAUGCUGAAUGUCUGGGAAGAGGAGGGCUGGUGGAAAGGAGGUUUGGCCGUGCACUGUGCUAAAAAGCUUGCUCUCCAGUGUAGGCAGACAGGCACAGAUCUYUGCUAAUGUCAUAGGUAAAAAUUAAUUUAACUGAUGUUUGUUUCUUUUUGUCUGUUACAAACUCAGUAUGCAAACUGGAGCUAUUCCUCUGCUGAAAGGAAGGUUAAAGGGAGAGCAAAAAGGGCAUAUCCAGCUGAUAGGGAUGGGAGAUGAUCUUUGGAGUCAGAGGCAGCGUGUGGGGCAAGAGCCAGCAGAACCAGCAUGAAAGCAGGACCGAGGGUGUGGAGCAAGAGGUGUGCUGGCAGUGCUGCAUGCUUUGAUUGCAGUGAUCACUGCUCCAGGGCAGGUCUCCAGGUACAAGUCAGCAUUGCUGCAUGUGGCACAACUGCAGAGAGCAGAAGUUUGUGGGAUUUCAGGAAUAUCUCGGUAGCCAGGCCAGCACRUUCUCCCUCACCACGGGCACACAGUUACCCAGUGCCUGCAGCCACCAGUGGGAUGUUAUGAGGAGGAACUUCGGUUUUUACAGCAGAACUUACUCAUUGCGUCUUAUGAGCAUAUAUCCUAAGUAUCUUUAGUAUGGCAGACAGACAUCCAAUCUUUAUGUCUGUUUUCUCCAAUAUCCUAACAAAUAAUAUUCCAUGUACUCAGUAAGUUUUAGUAGCACUUACAGUAGUACUUUUAGUACUGCUGCCUGCAGUAUCUCAAAUCUUUGUGUGAGCAUUUCCUGUGGUCAAGGCCCUGAUUUUGGAUUGCUGUGUUUUGCCAGCUGGUAGUAAAUGAUCCUCUUUGCACCACUUCUUUUUUUUUUUUUUUUUUUUUUAGAAAGCCCCUUUUUAGCAGAGCUUCCUGAAAAGCACUGUCCUUUGUGUUUGAAACGCUUGCCACUUCCUUCUCAAGCUCACACAGAACGCUGCCAGCUUUUCCCUUGUGUGGAGAGGUGCUGAGUGGGUCUCCUGCUCUUCUCCAGCCUCGCCUGGUGUGCCUGGCAGGGAACAGGCACUGCCUCCCAUGACUUCUCCAUCAGUGCAAGUGCAGCCAGUAUUACAGAAWUCUAGGCUAACCACCCUGACCCCAUGGAGGCAUCUGCUGCUUUUCAGACAGGGAUCAGAAAGGUCAGCUGCAUUAUGGAGAGGGAAAGCACUGUAGGUAGCGCAGCCCCGUGUAAUCCCUUCCCUUUAAUGCUGUUAUGUAAUACUGUCAGUAUUCAUUCACUGGAGCAUCRGGGCCUGCCUGGAGUAAACAGCUAAGGGAAUUUAGAGCCAUAAACCAUCUCCAUUCAUCAGCAUUGCUUAUCUCCUGGCCACAGAUUGAACUCUGSAGUGUAGCUCUCUGCAGAUGUCACCUGCUGUUACUCGGCUGUUUGCAAAUCAACUCCUUCAUCAGACUAACCCAGCUAAARGGAAAUCCAAGCAUUUGGGGUGAACCCCACCAUCCUCCCAGCAUGUGAGCAAACUGCCCACUGCAGUCUUUGAGCCACAGCUCCUUGGCACAGGUCAGUCCAGCACACUCAGUCCUUAGCUGGCAGUUCUUCAGAGGAGCCCCCCCACCCUGAGCUUCCCUUUGCUUCAAGGGAAAUGCUUGUGUGAUAAAGUAAGCUUUAUUUAAAAGUCUUGAGUUUUGAUUCUCUUUUUUUCCUCUGUAGAAAUGAGCAGUCUUCAGCUUCCUGAAAACAGCUGAGUUGCUUUUCUGUGUGCUUUUUCAUUUUGGCUUGUUUUCCUGUGCUUCUCUACCAUCAGCCACUGGAUACUUGCAGAAAAAAGUCUCGAUGUGUUAUUAAUUAGGAGGCCUCUCCACUGGCCAUCAGAGGUGCAGUGUCUGGUGGCAGAGGUCUCUGGGUGGGACAGCAGAAACUUGUGCAGCCCACGUAGGCUGUUGUUCCCUUGCUGUCSUGGAACAGGUCACUCCAGGUGACAGGCUGGGACACAUUGGCCAGUCACUGGCUCCAUCCCAGUGCUGCAAAAGCUUCAGCCUUCCUGGGAACAUGAGGCAGAGCCCUCAGCAUACAAAGAAGGAGAGUCGUGGUUGGCUUGGAGGUUUGCUGGCAAAGACCCUUAAUCUUCAAAAUCUUUCUCUGGUUCUGCAUUCCUCUUCCUAAUCCACAUUACUUGAAUGAGACCAUUUUGCUGGAGGCUCUUUCCUGCUGGGAAGAGACCAGAUGCUCUGUGAUCUGACACAAUUUUGAGAUGCCUAAAUCCUGAGAAGCACUAAGCAGCUGCUGGCAGUCUGUUAAAUAACUUUUCUUGGGAUUAAAACUCUUUCCUUCAACCCUACUGAKGGCAAUCUUCACUUCGAAAUAGAGCAAACAAGAAGUGAUGUUCAAAUGCAAGAAAUGGUGUUACUGUCUGUGGCACUGCCUUUGUGGACCUUCCUGUUGCCUCUUUGAACUGUGAAACUGUGAGAUCUGAUCCAUUCUUCCCCUUUUCASGAGUACAGUCUUUGAGAAGCACCCAGUCUCUGGCCCAGGAAUGUUGCAGAGGGAGUGAAGCCUCCCAAGUGGUGUAGGGUUCCAAACCCCAGCAGYAGCAGCUCCUUUUAUUGUUAAGUACAGAGGCUUUCUUGUCCAAACAUCCCUCUGCAAUUCCUGUCUGUGGUCACUUGAACUUACAGGUGUGCUCUGAUUACUUUCUGUCAUUGUCACCCUCCUGGAGAUCCUYUGGCUCUUUAUUUGGACAUAAAAGAUGCAGCAUGUUUACUUCAGUCUCUUUCUGUAGACAGGUGCCCUUUGCAGAACUCCCAGGGAAGUCAAAGAGGCCAAUACUAAUUACAACUUGUUUGUAAAUGCUAGUAAUGCUCCUGGACUGUGUCACAGGGUGAUGCUCAUGUAGAAAUGGCAGGUCAAGAAGAGCAAAUGCAGAGGAUUUUAACAGCUUUACUCUUAAUUCUGUUUGUGCUGAAUACCUGGCUUCUUACUCCUCCAUAUGUAUAAGAAUGACUGGUUCAAGAAUUACUCUAACAUGGCUUUUGAGUAGACUGCUGAAGGUUUCAUGUUGUAAUCAGUGGAGGAGGAACUUUGWGAAGUUUUUAGUGGCUCUUCAAAGAUUUCCAGUCCUGUAGUUUGGCAGUAACACCUGCAUUUUCAGCUUGCUAUCAUGGUAGUUUUGGGGGCUGUUCUGGAAGAARCAGAUCUAAGCAAACAGCAACUGUAGAACUCAGUGGCAGGUACCUCUCUCUCUUUGCUUGGUUUCUGGAAACAGACAGGGGCUCUUUCAAACGGAGGCAUCAUAACUGUAUUCUUGGAAGAGGAUGGGAAGUUGCUGACUUCUCAUGACAGAAGUCCUCCUGKAUAAGUUUCCUGCCUUUUAUCCAUGCUUGCUCCUUUUGUAGCUUGGGUAAGUCACUUAAAUUUUCUGGGGCCAGGUCCACAUCUGGUGUAUGAGGGCCAUUGCUAUACCAAGUUAUCACACAAGGAGGAGGCCUUCACCCCAUUCUAAAAUUGAGAUAGUAGCCCUUACCUACCUCACAAGGUUGCGGUGAGGAUUGAUGCUCAUACUGCACUUUGAAGAGGUAAAGUGCUAUGUAAAUCCCAAGUAUUAUCCAAUUUCAGUGUUAAAAGCGCUUUUAGGGAUGUGCAGGAUUUCUCUUAAAGCAUGGAAUGUGUGACUGCCUUUUCAAUUUGCAUCAGAUGGGAAGCAAAUGCAAAGUAUUUAUUCAUGCUGGUUAGGACGGAUUCAGCUGCGCUUGAACUCUGAGGAAGGCUUAGCUUAAAGAUCUGAACUCUCUAAUUUCAGUUUUGCAAAUGGUUUUUAGUUCUUCUAAGAGCCUUGACCAAAUUCUUAGAUGUGAACCUUGCAUCCAAAUUUUGCAGUCUGGUCUUGUCCCUGAUUGUUAGCUGCAGUCAAUAUAAUCCAGCCAAAACAGAGUGCCUCACAGUCUGCUGUGGCUGCUGAAAAAACUGGAACAGAAAAUGAAGUCAUUCUAUUUAACCUUCAGUCUGCAGAAGGUCAGCUGGGUUUCAUGAGACAACUUGCAAAGGGWUGUUUAAUUUCUGUAAGUUUUACUGGCUUUAAAAACAGCAGAGAGGGAAAGCCUUGAUGGAAUCAAUAAGGUCARCACAUCCUUCUUGAAUUCCUUUCUUUUCACCUGAGUCAAGGAAACAGCGGGUUUUAUAGCAAAGGAAGUGCUUGUACCACCAGUCCUACAGCCCAGAACAAAAACUGAUCUAGAMAUACAGUUCUCAACCAUCACCAUGUUCUCAACUAGGAUCAAAAUSCCACUGUUCACUGUUUUAAAUCUGGACCACAGCGAGAAACUACCUAGUUGUUGUAGCACUAGCUGCUAUACAAACACAAAUGAAGGUAAGGAAUUACACACUAAGGAAUGUGAGCUGUGUACAUGUGAAAUGGACCAUAAUUUUGAAGCAGCUGCAGUAAAAUCUUAAUAUGAACUCAGAAGCAAACACAAUGCAAAUUUUUAUGGUUUCUUUAAAAUAUUUGAUGGGUUUUCAUUUUCUUAGUUUGGAGAAAAUUUUUUUAAUGUUAUUUUAUUUUUGCUCUUACUGUAAAGAAUAAAAAUAUAUUACUCUAGACAGUCUACAAAUGAAAAAAAAAGGUGGACAGUUGGCAGGAAUGUCAGAACUUCUGUGGCCUGUAUUGUUUCUGUGGUGACACUAUGCUGCUGUUGGGUGAGCUUCUGGAGUGCUGUGGUGGCUCAAAAAUGAGGCUGAAGCACAGGAUGCAGGGUUUGAGCCACCAGGACUUCAGUGGGAGCAUGACUGGGCCAAUUCGGAUUGGUCAAAAGACGGAGCAUCAGGAAAUAAGACACCUUUUCGUGACAGAAGAAAAGCAAGAAACCAAAACCAGCCUGUUGGGCGAUGGUGCUGAAUCACUACAAAUAUUUAUCUAGUCCCUGCUGGUGCAGGUUCCUGCUGGACCAAGCCUUGCUCCUAAUUCAGCUGGGGAGGCUUGCUCCAAGCCUAUGGUGCUGGGAGGGUCAGGCCAGCAGAAUCUGAAGCUUUGUUAAAUAAAACUCAAAAGCAGAAAACAACAACAAAAAAAACAAAACCCCAAAACCACAAAAAAAACCCACCAAAACCCAAAACAAACCAAGGAAGGAAAAAGCAAAUGCCACUGGAUAAGUGGCAUUUCUGCCUGCCUGAGAAUGCAGAGUGGCUGGUCUGUCCUGAACACUAAUCUCUGUCUUGGACCCAUGUGAGCCUCUUCUCCAGCCCCACUCCCACACAUUCCAGGCAGAGUGCACUGAAAGAUGUGACUGAAGCAGCUGCUCUCCUCYGGGGAGUCAAGCAUUUUGCCAUGUCUGAAAGUCUCUAGCACUUACUUUYUUUACUGUGAUUGUAAAGGUCGCCACAUACAGUACUGCCACUUGAUCUGGGAUCUUUUCUUAACACAUUUUUAUGCUGAUUUUACUCUUUUAAUUCUUUGUUUGGAAUGUAUUUUUUUUCUGAUUUCUUCUGUGUGUAACAGCAAUUAAAAUAUUAAUUUACUGGGUA